ACGGGGCUGGUGACACCAUUCACCUAACUCUGAUCCACUCCCGGCUUCACUCAUGCCUCGGCCGCCGGGAGCCUUCACGUGGUCGGACAUGCUGAGCCUGUAGCUGGAGACGCACCGGAACAGGAGGUGACAGCAAAGUGACAGGUUGAGUCUCUGAGGCUGAAUCUGUGAGGCUGAAUCUCUGAGGCUGAAUCUUUGAGGCUGAGUCUCUGAGGCUGAAUCUUUGAGGCUGACAGGGUAAAGUCCAGGUGACUCUCGUACAGCAGACUGGGGAUAAAUCAGGCUUUUCCUGCAGCACACACAUGGGUUUGUGUUGACCAAUGGAUGGAGAUGAAAUCAUGUAAGUGUGUGCUGAUCCUGCAUUGCCAUGGACUCUGGGUCUCAUCUGCGCGUGGUCGGCCUUCUGUCAUCAACCUGAGAGCAGCAUCUACAGUAUCGGAGCAGAGGCCGGACUCAGACCAGGAGAGAGAAGCAGUGUGGACCUCGAGGCAGGCUGACUGAACGACUGGCUGAGUAAGUGCCUGGGCUGCUCGCUGAUAGGAGCUGUGGCUAUCUGAGCACUUUGAGGACACAUAGCCCCGGGGAAAUACCGGGCGGGUGGUGGAGCCCCAUGAUGGGGGAGACGGCGGAAUACCAGAGGCUGCAGGACACCUCAGAGCCCGACUACCAACGCAUGCCCAGCGAUGACGAAGAGAAACUGGGCAGUAGCAUGCAGUGUGAGGAAGGCACAGAAUGGCUGCUGGAGCUGCUGAUGGAGGUGCAGUUGCAGCAAUACUUCCUGCGGAUCAGAGAUGACCUUAACGUAACGCGGCUGUCACACUUCGACUACGUGAAGAACGAAGACUUGGAGAAGAUCGGCAUGGGUCGACCUGGGCAGAGACGUCUGUUGGAAGCUGUGAAGAGGAGGAAAGCCAUGUGCAAGCGCAAGUCCUGGAUGAGCAAGGUGUUUAGCGGAAAGCGCCCAGACGGAGGAGACAUCCCCCUGCAGGGUCAGCCGGCCUCCUCCUUUCGAAAGUUAUCCCACACGCCUCCACUGGUCCUGGGGGAGGGAGUCCUGGCCACACAGCCUGGUGGUGGUCCUCUGGAUGGGCAGCAGCAAGCUCUGACCUGUCUCAUCCCUGAGAAGGACUUGACUUUGUUUGAGAAGCUCGGGGACGGCUCCUUUGGCGUCGUGAAGAGAGGGGAGUGGCUGACACCUGCAGGGAAGGUGCUGAAUGUAGCUGUGAAGUGUCUGAAGACGGACGUGCUCAGCCAGCCCGACGCUCUGGAGGAUUUCAUCUGUGAGGUCAACGCCAUGCACUCCCUGGACCACCAGAACCUCAUCCGCCUCUACGGUGUGGUGCUCACACACCCAAUGAAGAUGGUGACGGAGCUGGCUCCUCUGGGUUCCCUGCUGGAGCGUUUGCGAUGUGUCCGUCCCCAGGGUCCGGCGUUGAUCCACACUCUGUGUCAGUACGCUGUGCAGGUGGCCUGUGGCAUGGCCUACCUGGAGCAGAGGCGCUUCAUUCACAGGGACUUGGCAGCCAGGAAUAUUCUGUUGGCCUCGGCUCAGAAAGUGAAGAUCGGUGACUUUGGCCUGAUGAGGGCGCUGCCUAGCAACCAUGAGCACUAUGUCAUGCAGGAGCAUCGCAAGGUCCCAUUUGCAUGGUGCGCCCCCGAGAGUCUGAAGACCAGAACGUUCUCCCAUGCUACAGACACGUGGAUGUUCGGUGUCACCCUCUGGGAGAUGUUCACACAUGGCCAGGAGCCUUGGCUGGGUCUCAAUGGGAGCCAGAUUCUGCACAAAAUUGAUAAAGAAUGUGAACGCCUCCCAAAGCCAGAGGACUGUCCGCAGGAUGUCUAUAACGUGAUGCUGCAGUGCUGGGCACAGAAACCAGAUGACAGACCAACUUUUGUCGCCCUGAGAGAGUUCCUGCUUGAGAGCAUGCCCACAGACAUGUCUUCUCUGCAGGACUUUGAAGAACCUGACAAACUACAGAUCCAGCUCAAUGAUGUCAUCACCAUCAUAGAGGGAAGGGCCGAGAACUACUGGUGGCGAGGUCAAAACAAGCGCACCCUUCAGGUGGGGCCGUUCCCCAGAAACGUAGUGACAUCAGUGGCGGGUUUGUCGGCUCAUGACAUCAGCGUACCACUCAAGAACAGCUUCAUCCACACUGGACACGGAGACAGCAACCCUGGCCGCUGCUGGGGCUUCCCUGACAGGAUCGAUGAUCUGUACCUGGGGAACCCCCUGGAUCCUCCUGACGUCCUGAGUUUAGAUCUCAGUGGGACUCGGCCCACACAGCUUCCAGGACGAGCUAAAAAGCCCUGCUACGAUCUCGUCAAUGAGGACGAGGAUUUGACCUCUGCAGGACUAAAAAGAUUAUCACUUCGGAUGACUGGUUCCGUCAAAAGCUUAAAAAUCAAACCCGCUGCGUGGGUCUCUGCUUCCAAACACGGGAUUAGCCGUAGUCCGGGCUCAGGCUACAACCCAAACGGUGAAGUGUCCCUCAUUGACUUUGGGGAGGAGUUCUCUCCGUCCACUCCCUCCCCCUCCCCUGUUGUAGAAGUUCAGUUCCCCUCUCUGGCGGAGCUGGCUUUAGAAGCUGAGAACAUCCUGGACCGCACUCCUCCUCAGAGUCCGUCCAGAUCCUUGCCCCGCCCCCUUCACCCUACACCAAUAGUGGACUGGGAUGCACGACCUUUACCUCCACCCCCAGCCUAUGACGAUGUAGCCCAAGAUGAAGAUGAUAUGGAGGUGAGCUCCAUCAACAGCUCAGAGCAGCAGCUUGAAGAAGAGCAGAGCGAUGUUCUAAACCCAGCUGAUGCUCCCGUCUCCUGGGGUCAAGACAGAUCGGGCCUGGAGGACAACCUCUUCCUCCCCAGCCAGCAGAGCCAGGGCCUGUCCACAUCUUUCUCCCAGUCGGCAGAAAUCUUCCAAGAACUCCAGCAAGAGUGCAUGAGGAGGCUCAACGUACCGAAAGGAAGCACUGCCCGGUCGAGCUCGCCAUUCCACACAUCAGCGUUGUUUCCCCACACGUCUCUGACCCAGGAACAGAGUGUCUUCGCCUCCGGUGAAGACAAACCCCAGAUCCCCCCUCGUGUCCCCAUCCCACCUCGCCCCAUAAAAAGGGGAGACUACACAUCUGCUCGCUGGUCAAGAGAUCUCUCUCUUUCCCCAACUCUAGUAGAUGCCACAGAGAACAUUUCAGGCCCGGUUCAGAACCGACCACCUCAGAUCCCUCCAAGGGACCCUUUGUCUCUGCCAGGCUCCAGGACUCCCAGCCCCAUGGGCCCGGUAGUGGGCUCCCCCCAGCAGAGAAUCUACUCUGUCAGCCCCAUCACCAUGCAGGUUCCCCUUACAUCCUGCCCCCCCGCACAUGCCUAUGGCUCCUACCUCUCCACCUCUCCAGGUAAACUCAUGCCGACCACACACAGCUUCGCCUCAGAUCCUAAAUAUGCUGCACCCAAAGUGAUCCAGGCGCAGGGGAAGGACUCUACCAGUAAGGGCCCUUGCAUCCUCCCCAUCGUACGUGACGGAUGUAAAGUGAGCAACACCCACUAUUACCUUCUGCCAGAGAGGCCGCCGUACCUCGACCGAUACGAUCGCUUCUUCAGGGAGGCAGAGAGCCUUCCUGCUGGUGGCAUGGAGGAAAGGCAAGUACGGCAAGCCAACACUGCCACCGUCAGACCCAUGGUGGUCAGCAACCACACUGUCCAGGGACAUACCCAGGGACAGGGCCUUGUCCAGCUGGGGGAGCUGAAGGCUAAUUUCUCCUCCAACAAUAACAGCAGUCUGGGUGGACCCCGGUCAGGGAUGAGGACGUCACUUAGUCUCCCUCGCGUCUGCUCGGAAGGGUUCACGGCACCCGCCAUCACGGCUUCCUGCACCAGGACAGAUGGGGGAGUGAACUCAGCUGACAGGGUCAAAAUGGUGCAGGAGGCGGUGCAUGGUGUCACGAUAGAGGAGUGCCAAGCUGCCCUGCAGAACCACAACUGGAACGUCCAGAAAGCUGUGCAUUACCUAAAGGUGGAGCAGCUGUUCUGUUUAGGUCUGGGGAGCAGGUCCGAGUGUCUGAAGCUGCUGGAGACGUGGGACUGGAACCUGGAAGUGGCCAGCACGCAGAUGUUAGAUAACUAUGGAUCCACGAGGCAGAGACGGUGACAGAAAUCUCAAGCUGCUGAGCUCUGAUUGGAACUUCAUCCUCAGUCAAACAUCCUCAGAGGAGGUGAUUCGACUUCUUUCUGCUUGAAGCCUCCAAUCAGACGACUGUUAUUUGACUUAUCACCGAACUUCAUCAUGGUUCAUUCAGGCUGACCAUGGACACAGGAAAGUAACUCGGGGGCAGCAAAGAAGAAAUGGGACAAAUUUCAACCUUGUUUUGAAGAAUUCAUCAUUGUUGCACUUAAGAAGUUGUCUAACGGCACCCAGCGCUUUUUAAAGGUUUUUAAAGGCUAAAAAAGAGUCAGCCUGAAAUGUGUCACUCAAACACUUCUGUGUGCCACCCAACUGUCAAUCAUCACUGCGGCUCGUACACUGAUGGCCAAGUGCAGAGAAACACUUUAAUGCCUUUCUUUUGUACAAGUCAUUGAGCAGUCAGGGUGGGCGUGAAGCUGUAGAGGCCACCGUGAGAGGAAGAGCACAAUAUACACAUAAGCACUUUCUAAUUGUCAAGAGCUUGGAGAGUUUGACUGAAAACCGGGAUCAUAUUUACCGAUCACUGUCUCAACUAAAGAUUGUGCAGUGAAUGUACAGUUGGUUCUAUAAGAAUGAGCAGCCUGCUAUGCAGCUGAGGAAUCUGCAUCACCGUGUGAGGCAAGGGUUUCAAGAGCAGUGACAAAUAAAUCAUAGACUUCCCAACAAAUCAAUAUUUGACAUAUAAAGAAAUGUGUCAUCACAAAGAUUGUCCAUAAAAAAUGUGCAUUUUAUAUUUAAUGAGGGAAGUUACUAACAACGUGGUAUUGGACACUCUGUGCUAAGAGUCAAAGGUCAAACCAGUCAAGUGUUGACAUGAAUCUAGAAAAUGAUCAGAGACCGGCAGUUUAUACUCAGUGUUUAAACAACACACCUUUUAUACAGAGACAUGUAUCGUAUAAUAACAAAACAACAUCUUUAUUUUAUUGUAAUAUAUUUUGAACACAGUUCUAAGGAAUAAGAGAAGGCUGUCAUGUCUGAGACUGGGCCGGCCAUUUCUUAAUUAAAUAUACUGUGCUGUUUGAUAUAGCACAAAUUAAAGUACUUGUCAGACUUCAAGUAAAUUCAUCUUCUGCACAAAGCUGUCUAGGUCCUGAAUAUCUAAUGUGUGAGUCAUAUUCCGGGAAUCAGGGCAAAUUAAGUCUUUUCAAAAACUGAAUCACAAGAGCAAAUCAGUCACAUCGCUCGGCUCCAUUCACUCUGCCAUAAAUGUUUCAUGGACAGUUUCCCAGUAAUACAGCGAAGAAUGUAACAACACAAAAAAAAACUUCAAUAGGAUAAAAGCUGGUCACUGUGCAGACUUGUAGCUGAGCUGCUGUGGUUUGGGGUUAUCUGGAUGCCAGUGCCUCUAGGAACCUGUCUGCCAGACUUGAAGAAGAUGCCUUGGGUCAGUGACAACAACUGAGGACAUCAUUGCUCUAAAUUUCCAUCAUGGUAAUUGUGGUCUGCAAAAAUAAUUUCCUCUUCAUAAGUAGCUCCGCACCAUUGUUGUUUAAAAUAAACAAUAAUGAGCCAUUUUCCCUCUGUGUGUCAGUGCUCCUGAUCAGCAGUUGUCACUGACUGUUACCAUGGAAACAUGGCUCUUAUUUUUAAGUUAGCUUGAUGGUUUAAUAGCUGUUUGGUUUUUUUUACCAAUAAAAAUGCAUUAGACAAAUCUAAGUGCUAAAUUAAAGGCCAAUGCCAGUAAUUUUCAUUCUGGGACCUAUGGGUAUGUAAAUGAAUCCUACUUACAAAAACUUUUAUGAAUCAGUCCAGUAGAUCCUCCCCUUAAAAAAAUGUUUUUGGCGAUAAAGCCCUUUUAGAGACAUUUCAUGGACUGUCACAGUUGCCCCAUAAGUUUAUAUUGUCGUCACUGUUGCGUUGACAAUCUACUGGACUGAUUCCAAAAGUUUUAAGUACCGUUCAUUUACCGAUCUACUUUAACAAAGAUAGGGCCCAGGUUUAAAAAAAUCCAGAAAUUCCUCUUCAAGACUAGUCUUACAGCUAAACUAGUCUACAAUCUCUUUGUGCAACCGGUGUCUGAUCUAUGACCAUUGCAACAAAGUCACAGACCCCAGAUCCAGUCUUUCUUUAUUCCUCAGCUGAAUACUCCUGCCAGUUCUGCAUUUUCUGCAUGUUUCCAGAUUAUGCUGGCAGCCAAUAACAUCAACGUAGAGAAAUUUAGCCCAAGGCACAGAUCCUGUUCCAUAAUCAUCACUUUAAACCAAAACUGGAAUAUUUUGGUCAGAAGCUUCAGGGGCAAUUAUUCAAAACUUCUAGGACACCUCAGCUUUGGCUGAACUCACUGCCUGACAUGAUACAUUCUACCAGUUUAUUGUCACAGUCAACAAUGAAUACUUUAAAACUCAAUAUAGAAACCUUUGGGCCUGUGCUGCUGUUUAAGUCAUAUAAACUUUUCAUAUGAAGACGGUGAAAGAAAAGGCAAUAAAAAGCAUUUAAUAAGCAUUAACCUCUAAAAUUCACUUUUAUAUCAGCAAUACUGAGACGAUAUUUGGUUAUCACACACGAUCCCUAUGGUGCUUCUCUCUAUAGCAACAAAGAACCAUUUUUGCCAACUGGUGCCCAUCCGUGUAAUUACCAUAUACAUGUCUAUGGCCCUGGCUUUGCUCCAAACCCACUAACCCCUUUGCAUGGCCUCAAAAAACAGUAUAAACAGUGUGUGACACAUCUGAGCACAAUCUGUUUGGGCAGAAACGUUCGGGCAGCCUCUGAAAAAAGCUUCUGUUGAGCCACAACCAGCCUGUUUUUCUGCCUGAGUGAACUAAGAGCCUAAAAAAGCAAAACAAAAAAACAAAAACAAGCUAAAGGAGGUAUUUAUAAAGGAUGUACAGGACUGAUUUAUACAGUCAUAGCUUUCUCCUGUCUGCAAUAAGGCUGCUGUAGAACCUGUGACCUCCCAGUCUGUCCAUCCAUCAAUGCCACCCACUCCUGAAAAUACCAUGGAGCUGUCUCCUCUUUCAUGAUGAAUCCUAGCAAUUGAACGCACACCGUUUUCAGUGUCAAGUGUUUGGUGACUCAGUUUUCCUCCCUGGGUAAUUCCUCCACUGAUCCACAGUCAGUUCAGACAUUUCCCUUCUGGCUUGUGUUUGCGUUAGAGUGUAAAUCAGUGCACGGGGACAACUGGAUGUGAGGGCUGCCUCUGUUCUGUCCAUGUGUUGUUUGUCUUUAUACCAAGCUGCUGUAGUUGUAUUAGAAGGACCGAACCUUGUUGUGUUAGGAUCAACCCAAAGAGACAUUGUCCUGUUGUGGUGUUGACCCUGAUGUUUGAAAAAAAUAAACUCUGUUCAGCUCUUUGUUCGCAAGAAAAACAUGUUCAUUAGAAACUGCUACUUUAAAGUCACUUGUAUUGUUUUUGCUGUUCUUUUGCCGUUUCUCUCAUGUUUUGCUUCCCAGGAUGUGAUUUAUUUUAAAUGCCAACUGUACAGCUGGUUUUCAUUGUGUCUCUCCUCCUGGGUCGAUGGAAAAGUUUGAGAGAAGUAAAUGCUGCAGAAUUUAUAAAUGUAUUUUUUAUUAAAGAGUUAAUUAUUUUUUA